AUGUUCCUCACCUCGGAAAUCUCAUCGGGUCUACGCUAUCCGCCGAUGUCUUUGCCAGAUACUGCAGACAGCGCGGGUACAACACACUCUAUGUAUGUGGUAGGCACUGAUGAAUAUGGUACAACCUCUGAGGCAAGAGCUCUCACUGAAAAGUGCACGCCACAAGAACUUUGCGAUAAAUAUCACGCUAUACAUUCCGAUGUCUACAAGUGGUUCAAUAUCAGUUUCGAUACUUUCGGUCGCACUACCACUCAGCUAUAG